GCCGCGCGUUUCCGGUUCCGUCACCUCCGCGGCAGGCUAGUAGUUCCCGGAGUGACGGUGUGACCGUCCACAUCUGUGCGCUAUGUCCGGUGGCCUCCUGAAGGCGCUGCGCAGCGACUCCUAUGUGGAGCUAAGCCAGUACCGGGACCAACAUUUCCGGGGUGACAAUGAAGAACAGGAAAAACUACUGAAGAAAAGCUGUACACUAUAUGUUGGAAAUCUUUCCUUUUACACAACUGAAGAACAAAUCUAUGAACUCUUCAGCAAAAGUGGUGACAUAAAGAAAAUCAUUAUGGGCCUGGAUAAAAUGAAGAAAACAGCAUGUGGUUUCUGCUUUGUGGAAUACUAUUCAAGAGCAGAUGCAGAAAAUGCCAUGCGGUACAUAAAUGGAACUCGUCUGGAUGACCGGAUCAUUCGCACAGACUGGGACGCAGGCUUUAAGGAGGGCAGACAGUAUGGCCGUGGGCGGUCUGGGGGCCAGGUACGAGAUGAGUAUCGACAGGACUACGAUGCUGGGAGAGGAGGCUAUGGAAAACUAGCCCAAAACCAGUGAGCAGUUGAGAAUCCCACCAAGAAAAAUUCACUCCUUUGGCCUGCUGAAUUUCACAUACAUUACCCAAGGUCUGCAAACCUGCUAUUUUUACCAAGCUUUGAGAGCCAGAAGCCCACUUCAUGGUUUUCCUCUGAAAAUUAUUAAAGGACAAAGUUCAAAAGAAUGCCUUUAAUUCUAGUCUUAGAAUAUUGGCCAUGUGUCAGGUUACCAUGAUUUCCUUACCAGGUCAAGAUUGUGUUCCUUGGCAACAGAUUUUAUCUAUAAUGUUGAUCUAACAAAAAACCCACACAUAUACCAAAACACACUUCUUUUAGGAAAACUGAAAAUAAUUAAAAUUUUGUUUGCCAUAUUGAUGUCUAAGUAGGUCUGUGGUCUACACUGGGGCCUGGAAUUACUAUUUUAAAACUUUUCAGUUUCCUUGAGAUGAAGUUUAAUAAAUCCAUUUUUGUGAUAUUGUAUAGCUUUUCUUUUUUUAAUUCCCACCUGAUGACAUGCCUAUUGGUUUUAGAGAGAAGGGAAAGGAGAGAAUGGGGUUGGGGGCAGUGGAGGGGGGGACAUCUAUGUAAGAGAGAAACAUCAAUUAGUUGCCUCUAAUAUGGCUCCAAACCAGGCACCAAACCUGCAACCUAGGCAUGUGCACUGACUGGGAAUUGAACCCAUGACCUUUUGGUUUACCCAGGGCAAUAUUGUAAAGCUUUGCUCUAAAUUAGGAACAAAUAUUGACAACUUAAUUUAUUUCUAUGUUGAAUUCUAAUCUCUAAAUGCAAGUUUAGGUGUUAAGAAAAUUCCCUAAAUAGUUGGUCCAAAAGUAAGCCUUACAGCCCCAGGGGAUACCACCCGCUUACAUAUCAGGAAAUUAGGUUUGGGACUUGAAGAGUAUUUACUAAACACCUUUUUUUCAAAAGAUGUGUUUUUCCUGAGGUUAAAAAAAAAAAAGAGUAGAUUUGUAUUAUAGAGUACCUUGAAUACUCUAAGGGAAGUGGGGGACAGUGUCAUUAAGAAAUGGGUUGAAGUAUCAGAGGACAUGAGUUAAAACAUUGCCUUGAUAUGUUGAAGAUUGCUGAGAGGGCCAUCAGGUUUAUUCUUUUCAUUUUCAGAGUGAUCUCGGAAAUGGAGUAAGUUUUAAAAAAGCUUAAAGGUUGAGAGACUGCCUAAUGAAAACGAUCAGAAAUGCUUCCCUCAGAAACUGUGUUCUGGCUAAUUCUCAUGUUGAAGUCUGUCUUUUUUUUUUUUUGUUAAUGUGCUUACUGAGUUUCAGAACCUUGGUAAUGAUGGUCUGCACAGAGAGGAAAGUCUAGAGUAUUUAUUUUGCAUCUAUAAAGCAAGAGGUGAUUUCUAACAUUGUACUGAACUGUUGCUCAUUUAAAACUGCUAAUCUAGUAUAAUUUUCCCUGACAUGAGUUUUUUUAUCUAGCAAUAGAGUAUCCCCAAACUUUCUAUAGUUUAUGAAACUUGUGGCUGAAUUAUCUCAAUUGUGUGCAUCUUUGACACUAUAUAAGUACAGGUUUUCUCAUUAAUGAAAACUGGUUAUUUGAAAUUUUUAAAGAUUUUAUUUAUUUUUUAAGAGAGGGGAAAGGAGGGAGAAAUAGAAAAAGAAACAUCAGUGUGUGGUCGCCACUCACAUGCCCCUUACUGGGGACCUGGCUUGCAACCCAGGCAUGUGCCCCGAUGGGGAAUCAAACUGGCGACCCUUUGGUUUGUACCCUGGUGCUCAAUUCACUGAGCCACACCAGCCAGGGCUGGUUAUUUGAAUUUUUAAAACAGCUAUAACUACUAGUACCAUAUGCAGUUAAUUCCAUGAGGACAUACUAUUCAUUUUUUUAAAUUUCUUUUUACACUACAGUUUGAAUCUAAUGUGUUUUACAUUAUUUUGUAAUAAAGCAUAACUCAGAUUUCUGUAGGCCUUAAAACCACACAGGGGUUCUAUUUGGAAUUGUGUCUUCUGUAACAAAUUUCAAUAAAGUUGGGCCAACUUA